GACACUGGAUUAGAAUAAAGCCAUCUGUAAUGAAUAUAUUAUAUUGGUUAUUGUUAAACUGGGAGUAAGAAAUCCUUGUGAAUCAGGAUGUUAUCCAGAGAUCUGAUGUUAUAUUCUGAUUUAUUUUAUACUCACCUUACUGUAGAUUGUUGGUAGGUAUGAGCUGGCUUUCAGGAUUUACAGCACACCAUCCUAUUGGAAAAGGCAGUAUUGUAAACAUUGAAAUCAAAGUAUUUUGAAUGUAAAACUAGUUUCCAGUCAUGGCAGCUUGUUGAGGUUUUGCCUUGUUUUUCAGGCUGUGCACUUUUUCUUGAUUUGUACAACUCUGACAAUGAAACUUCUUCAGGGCAGGCACAUGUUGAAGAGAAAAAGACAGGUAAAAAUGUAAUAAAGAUGAGUUCCAUUUUUCCAGGAUGGUUUUGAGAUCUCUAGCAAUAGUUGGGGAUAUUUAGCUUUUCCACAUUUGUACCACCUGGAUAUUAGAGUCUUGAAUCUCCAGUCUUAGCAUCAUGUUCUAUCCAGCUGAUCCAGCCACAAAUGAUAGGAAUUCUAUAGAUUUGUAUGUUAAUAUAGAUGAGGAACCUUGUCAUCCUACUCUCUUAGGACUCUACCUCAAUUUUAUUUCUUUCAGAACUCAAUUUUGUCCAUAUUGGUGCCAAGGAAUUUACUGUACCAUGCCUGCCUGUGAAGACAGAUGUUGUGAUUGGUAUGAAUCCUAUCUACAACUGGAGCCUGGAAAAUAGAGAAAACUCAUCCCUCCAGACUGGUGCCUCCUUGAUUCUGCAUGAAUUUCGUGCUGAGGAGAGUGGACGCUAUACUUGUUCCAUCUCUUUCACAAAGGAAGACCAGCUCCAUACUGUGACUUUCUCUCAUACGGUGGUGGGUUAUCACAUACGUGGAAAAUUACAGGCCCUCCUGAUUUUUCAGAGCAGCUCCUGUGAUAAGUCAUUGACACGUGAGUUUGUGAAGAUCCUACAUGCACAGCUGAGUCAACUGGUGUCCCACCUACACUGUGAGCUCCUUUCUGGGAGCACCACUUGCUUUCCUACUGUGGAGAAGCCUUUGGAUGAGUUCAAUCUCCAAGUAGAGCUAAAAGUAACUCCGUUUGGGAAGGGCUGGGAUAAAUCCUGCUACCCCCAGGUUGAUAUGAUGGCAUUAGAAUGUUACCACUCAGCCAUCAAGAAUAAUCUACAGCAGGCUAAGGAAGCCAUGACUGAAUUUAUGGAUAAGAAUAAACACUUUCCCCUGAGAACAUCAAAUGGUUCCCAUGUUUCUUUUGUCAACACCUUUUUCAAUUUCUUGGAAGAUGGAAAGUGCCAGGAUGGUUAUGGACAGACACAGGAGCUACAGGCACACUGUCCCGACUGCUGUACUUUGUGCCCUCCUGGAACAUACAGCGUGGCCACCACUGACAGUUGUGUUCUCUGUCCAAUUGGGAGCUAUAGCUUGUACUAUGGGGCAACCCUUUGCAUUUCAUGCCACAACAGUUGGCUUACCUCACACCCUGGUGCCAGAACAUCUGCAGACUGCAUGAAUAUGAAAGUCCCUCCUUCACGUCGAUUUUCUGUAUUGAUGGUGGCCUUUUCUGUGCCUCCGCUUGGUUGCCUCUGUUUCAUUGUGAUCUGUUGCUAUUGCUUUCGCCGUCGCUGGCAGAAACGCCAUUCUUCUACUAUAGUUGAUGGACAGACCAAAGUGCAAGAAGAAGCUCCAGCUUCUGCUGAUGACACUGCCCUUGCAGGCUCAGAAGAACAUCAUUCUCUCCCCCUGCCCUUUUCUACUAAUGAACAUCCCAACAGUGAAGGGGAUAUGCUUCCACCUCCUUCCAAGCUACAACCACAGGCUCUUCCUGGGCUAGCAAAUCCUGCUGCCAGAGGCCUUAUAUCAUCAUAGCCCUCACCUAUUUUGAUUGAUAAUUCCCAAUAAAUUAUUGUCCAGGAA